CUUCGCCACGCUCCUCUGCGCAGUCGCGGCCGGAGCGGCCAGGCGGCAGUCGCUCGGGAGCGGCGGGAGCUUAAGGGGUGGCGGGCUGCCGCCAGGGAUGCUGCAAAGCGCCCCGCCAUGCAGCCGGCGGAGAUCCAGUUCGCGCAGCGGCUGGCGUCCCACGAGAAGGGCAUCCGGGACCGGGCGGUGAAGAAGCUGCGCCAGUACAUCAGCGUGAAGACUCAGAGGGAGACAGGAGGCUUCAGUCAAGAAGAACUCCUGAAAAUAUGGAAGGGACUCUUCUAUUGCAUGUGGGUGCAGGACGAGCCCCUCCUGCAGGAGGAGCUGGCCAACACCAUCUCCCGGCUCAUCCACGCCGUUCACAACCCAGAGGCCCAGCACCUGUUCGUCCAGACCUUCUGGCAGACCAUGAACCGCGAGUGGACGGGCAUCGACAGGCUGCGCCUGGACAAGUUCUACACGCUGAUCCGCCUGGUCCUGAGAGAGUCCUUCGAAGCUCUGAAGCGGACCGGCUGGGAAGAGAGCCGGGUCAAGCUUUUUCUCGAUGUCCUGAUGAAGGAAGUCUUGCACCCCGAGAGUCAGUCUCCCGAUGCAGUGAAAUUCCACUUCGUUGACGUCUAUCUGGACGAACUGUCCAAAGUAGGAGGGAGAGAGCUCUUGGCAGAUCAGAAUCUCAAGUUUAUUGAUCCAUUCUGCAAAAUUGCUGCCAAGACUAAGGACCAUGCACUGGUGCAGACUAUAGCUAGGGGUGUUUUUGAAGUCAUUGUAGAUCAGUCCCCUUCUGUGCCUGAAGCGGCGAUGGAGGAACUGCCGACCAAAGUGGGCGGCAGCCACCGCUCUGAAGACGAGAGAGCCGGGAACGAGGUGGCGUGGAGGAAAACACUCAGUAAAAAGAAGACAGCACUGGGCAAGUGCCACUCCAGGAAGGAUGGACUCAGUGAUGACGGUGAGGGAGACGAUGGUGGCAGCGUGGAGGACACGGGGACGCUUCUCCAGUUUGACUAUAAGGCCGUCGCUGCCCGACUCCUGGAGAUGACCAACAGGAAAAACGUCCCUCCCUUCAACAGGAAACGCCUCUCCAGACUAAUCAGGAAAUUCCAAGAUCUCUCUGAAGGUGGGAUACCUCAACUCGGUUUUGCUGAGGACGUUUCUACCGAUGAAGAUGACCACACUUUCAGUCAAGGAAGGCCUAAGAAAAAGGGAAAUAAACUUCUGGAGAAACCGGACCCGGAAAAGGGGGCAGGAAACGAGUUCCUCGUGGCUGAGGGAGAAGAGGGGAAAGGCGGUGUUCAGAAGAGGAAAAGGAAAAAGAGGAAGAACCAGCUUCAGCACGAACACCUAGGGUCCGGGGGCGCAGCCACGCCCGCCCCGCAGAGUGGGGGCAGUGCUCCCGAGGCAGGUCCGGGAAGAGCACAGAAGCAGGCUGUGCUUGAGCUGGGGGCAGGGGCCGCGCCCGGCCCCCAGGAGCAGAGCGGCUCAGAGCGCCCCCCCUCGCACCCUCCCACACGCAGCAGGAGGAAGCGAGCGAGGAAGAGGAACCCACGGUUCCAAGGACUGGCCUCGGAGUCAGCGGCGUCACCUCCGGAGGACUUGUGUCAGGGUGGCCUCAGCAAUGGGCACGGUCAGGCGCUUGCCCCCCAAGCUUCCCCUGCCAGUGGAGCCCCAGCCUCUAAGAGGAAGCGGAAACUCAGGGCCGCCUGGGCCAACGGUAGCCCCUCAACGCCGGCCUGGCCCCCACCGCAGGAGGAGGGCCCUGCGGCAGGCCCAGCAGACGGAGAGUGUUGUCCAGCCUCCCUGCCCCAGGGUGGGAGGCUAAAGAAAAAGAAGGGGGAGCCCGGCCGCCUUGACCUCCACAACCCAUGCACGCAGAAAACCGCCAUCUUCAAAAAGAGGAAGAAAAUGAAAGAGAUGUUGAACUUGGUGGAACACAGCAGAGCACUGGAAUCCGAACUCAAGCUCAUCCGGACUCUGGGGAGCAGUGGAGCUUUCAGCCCUUUGAAGAAGAAGAAGCUGAGGACCGAGAACGACUUUGUGAAAUUUGAUACGUCCUUCCUACCAAAGCCCCUGUUCUUCAGGAAAGCUAAGAGCAGCCCAGCCACCUCUGUGACCCCUGCUAUGCAGCUCAACAAGACCCCGUCCAGCUCCAAGAAGGUCACCUUCGGGUUGAACAGAAACAUGACUGCGGAGUUCAAGAAGACGGACAAGAGCAUCUUGGUCAGUCCCACGGGUGCCUCCCGAGUGGCCUUCAACCCUGAGCAGAGGCCCCUCCACGGAGUGCUGAAGACCCCCACCAGCUCCCCGGCCAGCACCCCCCUGGGGCCCAAGAAGCCGCUGACCCCCACACCAAAGAGAAGGCCGACGGCCAUGGACUUCUUCUAGGAGAGGAGCAGAGUCUUAUUUGUAAGGACCGCUUUUGUACAGAAUGCUCUACAAAUUGUAACUUUAUA